UAUGUUUAAUCACUGGUCAAACAACCUUAAUACAAAAAUCAUAGUCAUUAUGAGGUCAAGUUUCAUAUGACCUACGAUUCUAGGCAAAAUCUUGGGAGCAAAGAUCCUAAAUUUUUGAUAAAUCAACUGUUGUAAACAAAGCUUUAAAGAUGGAGCUAGAUCCUCAAGGGUCACAACAUCGAGCUUCAAAGACGAUCCUAAUAGAACGCCACACGACUCUUAUUUCGUCGAUUAAGAAGAAAACGACCGACACAUCUGAUUUCGGUCGCAUAUGCAAAGUUUCGGAGAAGUUUUAUACGGAGACAGAAGAUAUAUACUUUCCCCGUAUGGUCUCUAUUGGCCCGUUUCAUCGAGGUAAAGAGAAGUUAAAUGACAUGGAAGAGCGAAAAUGGAAGUAUCUCAACACGCUUCUCUUGCGUGCAGUAAAUGCUGAUACGCGUUUAGAGAAGUGUGUUGAGGUACUAAAAACAAUGGAAGACCGCGCUCGAAAAUGUUAUGGAGAUGAGAUUCACAUGACAAGUGACGAGUUUGUGGAGAUGAUGUUGGUCGACGGUUGCUUCAUAAUCGAGCUUUUUCAUAAGUGUUGUUGUAGAGGAACUCGACGAAGAGGCGAUCCUUUUUUCACAACAUACCAAGUGUUUCCACAACUAAGACACGACUUACUUUUGCUCGAAAAUCAAAUCCCUUUCUUUGUUCUUCAACAUUUGUUCAAUCUUGUCCCCGUUCCUACACAAUGCGGCGACUGCUCGUUAAUCGAGCUCGCCUUUCGGUUUUUCAGGAAAAUGGUCCCGGACGACCCGCACGAUCUUCAAGACAAAUAUGGUCAAGAAAUCCACCAUUUGCUUGAUCUAAUUCACCAAUCUUUUAUACCCAAAACACACAUUCUCCAACAACAACCAAAACAACCACAUUCUCAAAUGAAUAUUCCAACAGCAACAAAUCUUCUCAAAACAGGAAAACAAAUCAAGAAAACCAGGUCUCCAAGUAUAUUGGGAUUAAAGUUUAUCAAGGGAUCACUUAGAAUUCCAGCUUUGAGACACCAUGACCUCAUGGAAACUUUGUUGAGAAACCUUGUUGCAAUGGAGAAUAACUGUUACAAUGCUACAAAGUAUGUAACAUCCUAUGUGUUUUUCAUGAGGCACUUGCUCCAAUCGAAUGAGGACGCGAAAAUCCUUCGCAAGAAGGGGAUCAUUGACAAAGAAGAAGAGUUUGUUAAGUUGUUUGGUAAGAUAUUCGUCGAUGUAGAGGCGAAAGAUUUCUACUACGGCGAUUUGUUGGAGAAACUCGACGAGUACAUAAAACCAAACAUAAGUAUUCGGUAUGCGAAAAAAGCUAGAAAGUAUGUUGUAGGAUGCCUACGACAACUAUAGCUCUAAUCAAACGUUGUGUGCAUGUCUCCGGUAUAAUAAGCCAUUUGAAUUUGUUCGGUUUGAGGUGUGUAUAUCUAUUUUAUUUGAGUGAGUUGUGUUUGAGUUUACAUGUUCGGAAUGUGUAAUCUAUUAAUUUGAAUGAAUUUGUUCGGGACGUG